AUGACCUUUUUCCAAACUUUUUGGCAACUUUUCAGGGAGAGAUUACACACACAUGCAUAUACUUCUGUGGUGGUGAUUAUUCUGUUGUCAGAAAUCAAAUUGCAUGAUAUCCUAAAUACACUCACAGUGGGUAGUUGCUGGUAUGAAGUAGAGAAAUUUAAUUAUCCAAGAAGUCUGGGCCAUCCAUCCGAUGAUUUGUGUUUCUGCAUCUCGGUCUUCCAACAAAUCCCGGGCACACUUUUGGUGAAAGGAUCAUUGCAGCUUAAAGAAAGCCCAGUCUCAGGUGAUGCCUGCUUCUUUUUGGACUUCACUGGUGAUGCCUAG